ACUCUGUUCACUUCUAAUCAUCUAUUAAAUCAUAAUCAGUCGCUAGCGACCUUUCAUCGAAGCUUCAAAACGAUCACACAAUCGACAUCGAAUCCAUCCAUCGCUAGCCGAACCCAAGUAAUCUCGUCAACACUAUCAAGAUGCUUCCCCAACAGGUCCUCCUCGCUGUUCUCGCAGCCGUCUCAGUCUCCGCCGUCCCCCUUAACAUCAACCUCGGCGCCUACUCUCCGGCCUUGGUAGUCGGUGAUGGAGAGAUCUCACUUGGAAGCAAGGAAUCAGCCUCAGAGCUAAUGGCCACGCUCGCUUCAGGAGCAGCCACCAAGGCAGGAGGCGAAGCAAAAGGUGCGCAACAAGCCCAGCCAUCUGCACCCCCCGCAGCCGAGCCCGCAAAAGAGGGAGAAAAGCCAGCUGAAGGAAAACCAGCUGCCAAACGAUCCCUGAACCUCCGCCGUGCAGUCGACACUCUCCUUGGAAGGCGCGCCCCCAGUCCCGCAGAGCAGCAGCUUGGCGCUGUCGAGGACGCAAUGCAGUGGAUCAAGCGAGAUCUGCAGGGCUUCAACGCCGCGCUCAGCUACGCAAAGGAGGCCAUGAAGAACUCGCCCAAGAUCGAGAUGGGCUCUGAGAACGCAGGCGUCGGCCUGGUCGUCAGCCCCGGUAUCAACGUUCCCCAGAACUCCGCUGCCAACGGCGUCCAGGCAGGCAAGAGGACGAAGCGCGAUGCCGAGGUUGAGGUAGCCGAAGAGGAAGACGAUGCGCCGAAGGUGACACUUGUUGCUAUCACCGAAGUUUGAGUUCUACUUUGAACGAUACCCACCAGGAAAAGGAGCGUUUUGCUGUCAUCAAUGUGCUCUUUCACUUUUCUUCAUUGCGAUUAAAGCGAUAUUAGGAUUCGGAGUUUUCAGGCAAUACAACUAGGCCUUGCGAUUUGCAAAACGGUAGAAAUUCAAUACGAGCUAUGCCAUCAAACCUCA